AUGGUCCAACAAAACGACGUAAUCGCAAUUAUAAUCAUCGUCCUCUUCAUAAUCCUCGCCCUCAUCGCAUACGGAAUCUACCACCUCGUCUCCGUCGCCCGCCGGGGCGGUUCAAGCAGUGGAUCCAGCUCUUCCCGUUCGCUCGUCGACGAUUAGUCCCUUCCCUUUCUCACAAAAGCACUUCAUCCUCCUUUCCACCUGCGAAAUUCUUGUUCGCACUGGCUGGGUAGGAGGACGGAGAAAGAUAUGGGAUUAUGAUUCAUAGGCGUGGAUAUGACGGAACAGGAAAGGAUGGGAUGGGAUGAGGAACAAAUGUAUAAUGAAGCACAGCAGGGACACGGACAAACGGUUGUACACGACCAUGAACGUACUUACGCGGGAAUCUUGGAAUGA